CUCUCCUUUGCUCGGAGCGAAAACUCCUCAGUCGCCAUGGCAGGUACAGCAAGCCGAUGUGUAUAACCUAGUAACAGCACUGCGGAGCCUAAGACCGCGAGUCUGAUGCUUCGUCAAGGACAAGAAGUGGCCUUGGAAUCUCACAGGACAAGCCUAUGAAACCUUAUGCAUUUGUGCUACCAGCAAGUAGACUGGCAUUAUGGCUCACUUUGGUCUGCUUCUCGACAUUGACGGGGUCAUUGUUCGAGGCCGGAAAGUGAUCUCGCAUGCUGUCAAGGCAUUCCAGAAACUGGUGGACUCAAAAGGCAGAUUCCGAGUACCAACAAUAUUUGUUACAAACGCUGGCAACUCUCGGCGACAAGACAAAGCUGAUCAACUUACAAGAUGGCUAGGAGUCCACAUCACGGAACAGCAGGUGGUCAUGUCUCACAGUCCACUGCGCAUGUUUCAGCAGUUUCAUGACAAGCACUGCUUGAUCUCGGGACAGGGUCCCAUCGUCGACAUUGCACAUGGGCUAGGCUUUACAAGAGUCUCUACGGUCGAUCACUUGCGAUCUCAUUUUCCACUCUUGGAUGCUGUAGAUCAUAAACGAAGACAAACUGAGCCUUCACCCUAUGAACGAUACUUUCCAAGGGUUGAAGCUGUGGUGUUGUUUGGUGAGCCGGUGAGGUGGGAGACAAGCCUGCAGCUGAUAAUAGACGUGCUCAUGACGAACGGUCUUCCAUGCACUGCCGCACCUGCCAUUCCUUACCCGCACCUGCCCAUUUUGGCUUGCAACAUGGACCUGCAAUGGAUGGCUGAGGCAUGUCUUCCAAGGUUUGGUCACGGAGCCUUUCUAGUCUGUUUGGAGAAUUUGUACAAGAAAGUAACCGGUAGGGACAUGAUCUACACAGCAUUAAUUGGAAAGCCCAGCGAGAUAACAUACCUGCACGCCGAGUCCUGUGUUCAGGAAGAAGCCCAUCGGCUCGGGAUCACUCACCCAGUGCGACGCCUGUUUGCCAUUGGCGACAACAUAAACACUGACAUCUAUGGUGCCAACCUGUACAACCGCUACCUGGAACGCCGACGAAAGGAUGACUUUCCAAAGGCAAUUCUGGCAGCUGGCUCUAAUUCUGCCCGUCAAGCUUUGAACUCCUCCAUGUCCAAAGACUCCCAGUCCACUGCUGGGAUGAUGAGCAACUGCGGAGCCGUGAGCUGUACAUCCGUGCUGGUGCACACAGGCGUGUACAAUGAAGACCUGCACGAUGAUGCGUGCGAGCACACACCACGCGACUUCCUGCCCGUCGAAGUCGGCCUCAAGGAGCCGGCAUAUCGUGUUGACAACAUCCUCUCUGCCAUAGAACUAAUCUUCGAUCAGGAGGGCUUUUCUUGAUGACAGCACAACAACCUAUGACUUGAAAUGAGGAUUUUUCUGCGCACAUCUGCUCUCUCUUCCUUUUUUUUUAUGAUUUUGGUUCUGUGAAGUCACCUCUCCUCUCUCUCUCUUUCUCUCUUCAUUUUUCCCCAUGCUGCCACCAGCGUCUUCAUUCACGUUCUGUUUGCUUUAUGACACAUAUAAACACAUGAAGAAUAUUUGCCCAUUAAUCACCCGCAUAGGUACUGCAUUAUAUGUGGCGUGGAAAGCAGAUGUCUGACUAUUUUAACUGUGUAUAAUUAUGUUAUGCACCUGCUUUGUAGCACAUAGCAGAUGGCUGAGACUAUCUAUCUGUCUGAGUGCGUUUUGAGCUGGAAGAGGUUAUUUUUUAGAAGCAUUUGACAGGUUGGAGAUAGCAUCGUAUUGCUUGCACUGUGGAAGCUUGUAUCCUCUGUUGUACACCAUGAUGGCCGUGUUGAACACAGUUUUAAGAGCCAGGAUUUCAGAUGCAUUUUGAGCAUUUACCGCAAGUGCUAAGUGACAGCCACUCCAGAAUAACAUGCAGUGUCGGUUCAACACUAGCAUGCUGUAUAAAAAUUGUCGCCACUUCUGAUGCCAUCAAAGCAAAAAUGACGAACGCAAUGCUUGCUGAAUUCAUUGGUACUAUAACGGAUGUUUCACAGUGAAAAUGGAAGGUGUUGAUUGUUUGUAGGUCACCUGUGGCUUAGUGGCUGUGUUUUUUACUUGUUUCAUGAAGCCACUUCUCUCUGAAGCUGUUUAGUCGCAUGAAAAGAAGCGUCAUGUAUAACUGAAGUCAGUUUGCUGAUUGGGUGUGCAGUUAGCCAGGAAGUAGUAAGGCUGAGUUUGCCAUGGACUUCUCGUGACCUUUUGGAAUGGUUGCAGGCAGCACAACUUUAGCAUAUCAAACAGCAGCUACUACCCUAGUUUAUAGAAGCUUAGUGCACAAGGAUGGAUGGCGCAUUUAUUUCUUAGUUUUUACUUGAGACGUAGACAGGAAGGAAGAAAAGCUUUUCAGUUGUUUGUUGCCAGAGGACUUCAUGAUUUCAUUUUCUUCCUAACAUUGUACAUGUGAACCAAACUGCGACACCAGUUAGAAAAGUUUUUGUGGUUCUGUUUACGGAUGCCUUACCAAUUGUGCUCCACUUCUAUCAGAUGUUGAGCAGUCUGGGUGCAAUAAAUUUUUGUAGUCCAAGAAAAGGCUUAACUCAAGAAUUGCUGUCUGCUAUAAUGUGUAAGCCUUGUUUGUAUGUUCCUGCUAUAUAUUUUUUUAUGUUGCUACAAUAUUCCAUUGAUUGAAUUUGUUCUGAAGCCUGGCACUUUUUGUUAUGUGGAGAUGUAUAUGUAGAUGGUUUCAAAUGUGUGAACUGUAAUCUACACAAUGUAACGUCAUCUGUAGUUACAUGAGGAAGUGAUGUUACUACUUCUCUUGCAGUGUUUUUAGUAUGUGCCCCUCUAUUGCUUCAAGUGAAAGAAAUGAGCGCUGAAGUUUUGAUGCCCUUAUUCCUUUUUAUUUGAAUUCUUAGGAAGCCAAGGCUGUCAUAAAUCCUGCAGUGUUUGUCACAGUGCUGCCACAGUUUCUUCAUAUUUUGUCUUAUCCUUUGCAUCGGCAGACACUUUCGCUACAUUUAUUCAUAAUCCGCGCUACGUUCAUAUUGACACCAUGCACUUGAUAGACAAGAGCAAAAACUCUCACGAUGUCUUCAUUGUCCGUAAAUUUGCUCAAUUUCACGAUGCUUUUUACUACUGCAUUAUUUUCAUGCUGUGGGAAGGGAGUCCGUAAGGGCAGCGCGCAGCUUGCGGCCAACACAGAGCAGCUUGCACGCUUUUUUUUCCCGGUUCCAAAGUCCUCUCACUAGGUGUUUUAAAAACUUGUGUAAUGCUGUGUAAAAUGUUCAUUGCUUGCAGUAACAUUGUGCCACUCACGCGUACUGUCAUUAUAUCGUCACAUGUGUGUAUGCUUUUGAAGCUGUUGCAUACUUUUGCCGCUGUAAAAACUGAAAGCUGAUUGUCUAAGUUUUCCAAGUUUUGUCUAUGUAAGGAAGUGAAUGUGUUUCGAAUUCUCUCACUCUCUCUCUUUGAUACUGUAAUCUCAAUUAUUGCUUUUGCUGUGUUUGGCAAUGAGAGCUUAUUCAUGCUUAUUGUUAUAAGAAGGGUACUAGGUUGAAUAUUUCUUACAGCUUCUAUAGAUUUUCUUCCUUUUUCUUUUUUUUCUCCCUGGAAACUUAUAUUGGAGAGGUUUAAUUCUGUUCUUUCGAGUAGGCACUGCUGAACUGUAUUCCAUUACUGAAAACAUGUUGCAGUACUGUAGUAGAAAAGAAAUUACCUACCUUGGUCUCUUUAGAAUCGUGGUUUACAUUUGAAGGCUGUAUAGCCAAACUUCAAUAUAAUGAAUACAGAUGUAGCAACUUAUUGGAUAUAAUCGCAUAAAUCUAAAAUGUUUGUCAUUGAUAUUAAUUGCAAAUAUAUGCCUAUAAUGAAUAUUGGAUUUAACGAAGGUAUUUUUGUGUCAUAUAUGACUUCAUUAUAUCAAGGUUCAGCUAUAUAUUUAGUACUGCGAAGCAUGAUGCAUGGUUAUGUGUGAGGUUUAUGACCUCUUGUUUCUCCAUGUCCCAUGCAAUUUUUCUUGUCGUCCUCUAAGACCACAUUUGUUUGUACGUAAUGUUUCUUAGGUGCAUGCUAGAGUAUGCCUGUCGUUAUGCUUGUUUGGUAACAACAAAGGCAGAAAUUACAGUAGCCACUGCAUGCUAUAAAUAGUUGUUGUGUUUUGAAGUGCCUUUUGUAGCCUCAGCCGAGACCAGGUUCUGCAUAGCAUUUCCAUCAGCAUGUCACUUUAAACAAACACUCGAUGUUCAAUUGAAACGCCGUUGCAUGGACUUUUAUAUACAUCUUUCAAUAUCUGUUUCUUGGUGAAGAUAGCAAUAGCAUGUUCUUGAACAAAUGUGACUGAGUAGACCUCCCUUUUAGUAUACUUGAUAGAAUGUCUGUAGGUAUUAACUUACAAGAAAGUCAGCCCUACUACAUCAGAUGCCUAUUUAUGAAUAAAUUGCUGAUAUUGAAGCCCUA